AUGAUGUCCAGAACCCUUCUCAUCAGCCUAUUUGCCUUGGCAUUCAGUGGCCUUGCUUCUGCGUCCGUCUUCUUACCAUAUGAGGCAAGAGGAUCGGCAGCACGAUUCUCAAAGUUCUCGAAGACACUUCCCAGAGACAAUUCCUCGUACAAGCAAGUUGCCAGAAUGCGUCGUGCGUACUCCACAAAUGGAGCCGCAGUAGCUAUUCCAGGUUAUGGAAUUGCCGAACAAGUCUUCGUUGGUGGGUUCCAGAACUUCCUCAGCAUCUACAAUAUUGUCAUCACUGGUCGCAUCCUCUUGUCUUGGUUUCCUCAAGCACAGAGUGUUGGCAUUCUUCAGCCGAUUUACCAAAUCACAGACCCAUAUUUGAAUCUAUUCCGAAACAUCAUUCCACCAAUCUUUGGUUUGGAUUUGAGUCCUCUUCUUGCAUUCUUUCUGCUCAACGCGUUGACUUCGGCAACUGCUGCAGUUGGUGCGGACCUCACAAUUGAAGCAAAGAAGAAACUCCAAACCACUCGAGUGUUCGCCUCACUAUAA